CCAAGAAUUUCAAAAAGACGCGUCUUCUUGCGACCGACCGCCAUCCGCUCACCUGUAAAUAGUGCCUGUCGGUGCAAGAUGGUCAAUCUCGCGAUCUUGAGUGCUCUCUUCCUACUCUUCCAAGCCUCCUCUGCCACAACCUUCAAUCCAAGAGCCUACACCAAGAAUUUGGUAACAUGCAAAGCCAGAAACCGCGCCGAAGAAAAGGACGUCGAUAUUAAUAUUCACUAUGUCGACAUCAAUCAAGAGGCCAAAACGACUUUGCUUAUGGUCCACGGUUGGCCAAGUCUUUGGAGCACUUGGUCCAACCAAAUCCAAGAAUUUCAGGCUUGUUCAAACGAAUACCGACUUGUUGUCCCUGACCUCCGAGGGUUUGGUGAAUCCACACAUCCCGGCGACGUGAAAAGCUCCGGCACAAUGGAUGACAUGGUCCGUGAUAUGGUUUGCGUGCUGGAAAAUGCCGGGGUUACGUCUGCUGUUUGCCUUGGACAUGACUGGGGCUCACAAAUAUGCUAUACGGCCGCUCGUAUGCGUCCAGACAUAUUCACCGGCGUCGUAGGAAUUGCUGUCCCCUACUUGUCUUCUUCGGGCGCAUUCACACCUAUAAAACAUCUCGUCUCUUCGCUCCCGACACUCUCCUAUCAAAUUUACUUCAACGAACGUACUGCUGAGGCUGUUGCAGAGCUUGCCAAAGAUAUUCGUAGGACGACCCGAGCUACUCUCCGUUCAACUGCAAGCUCGCCUCCCAAAAAAUUCUUGAGAAGCACGACAUCUUUCUUGGAUGCCUGGGCUGACGUUGCUGAUAUUCCUCCGGUUCCCUUCUUCAGUCCGGACGAAGAAGACUACUUCGUAGAACAAUACUCCAUCCAGAAGUUUGAGAAUACGCUCCAGUUUUACACCGAAGAGAACCGCAAACUAACCUGGCAAUUCGCUCAAGAGCAAGGCAAUCACACCCCUCCCACAGCCCGCCCUGUCCCUUUUGCCUAA